CACGCUCCGCUCCCCGGAGCGGGUGCGGACCGUUUCCCGCCCUGGCAAGGUCGGUAGAAAUUCCCUCCGCCUUGCGCAUUGUUUUGUUUCCCCUGCUGGCUCUGACGCCACCCUUUGGGAAACGGAAACUGAAACCGAGGCUGCGUUACACGGCUGGGGCUCGGCUGGCCCCAGACACGCCCCCUGACGCGCGCGCGGCACAGGCUUUGAAAAGGGCUGAGCGCGGGCGAUCCGCUGCAGCUGCGGCUGGAGCAGGGACGCGCCUGGAGCCCGGACGAAGCGAGCUUGUCACUGCCUCGGAGGACCUGGCUGCAGAGCCCACAUACAUGGACGGGAACCUGAGGGUGAAGCUGCUGUCGGGCGAGGAGUUCCAGGUGCCGCUGAGUGAGUCCAUGCUGCUUGAGGACCUGAAGCGGCUCAUUUCCCAGAAGAUCGAUGUGCCUGGCUUCCUGCAGCGCCUGGUCAUCCAGCAGAGCGGUGCAGCGCCUCGGGAUGACGUGCCCCUGGUCAGGCAGGGCCUGGGCCCCGGCAGCACGGUGCUGCUGGUGGUGCAGAGCUUCAGCACGCCCCUGAGCAUCCUGGUGAGGAACGAGAAAGGUCGCUCCAGCAGCUACGAAGUUCAGCUGACACAGAAGGUGGCUGAGCUGAAGCAGCAGGUGAGCUCGAAGGAGCGCGUGCAGGCCAGCCAGUUCUGGCUGAGUUUCCAGGGGAGGCCCAUGGAGGACAACGCGCAGCUGAAGGAAUACAAGCUGACACCUGAGUGCACUGUGCAGAUGAAUCUGUACCUUCGGGGCGGCAGGGUGGGGCCAGGAGGGCAGCAGUGAGGCUCACUGGUGAGUCCCCGACCAAGGGCGCAAAUAAAAGCUGAUGCAAAGCUAA